GAGAUCCACUGGCUCCUAGAGCCCCAGGCCCCUCCCCCGAGGUGGAGGAGGACUCCGGAGAAGCCUUUGAGUUUGAUGACAGUGAUGAUGAAGAGGGCACAGACCUGGUUGUUUCUGGCCUUGUCCCCGAGAAGGAGGCAGAGCCCCCACUGAUCAGCUUUGACACUGUCCCUGGCCCAGACCUGGACCCAGCCGCUGUACUGCCCCAGACAGAGGCACCCGCUGUGGUCAGCAAUGGGGAUGCCGUGGGUGCAGCUUUCUCUGGGGUUCGGCGCUCUAGCUGGAAGCGGAAGAGCUCACGUCGCAUCGACCGAUUCACUUUCCCCGCUGUGGAUGAAGAUGUGAUUUAUGACGACGUGCCUUGUGAGGGCCCAGACGUCCAUCAGCCCGGGGCAGAGCGGAGUCUACUAUACGAGGAUGUCCAUCGCUCUGGAGCACCGCGUGAGGCUGAGGACCUAGGCUGGAGCUCCAGCGAGUUUGAGAGCUACAGUGAGGACUCUGGGGAGGAGGCCAAGCCGGAAGCAGAGCCCACCAAGCACCGGGGGUCCUUCCAGCCCAAGAUGACCCAGCUCAUGAAGGCGGCCAAGAGCGGGACCCGGGAUGGGCUGGAGAAGACUCGGAUGGCCGUCAUGCGCAAAGUCUCCUUUCUGCACAGAAAAGACGUCCUCGGUGACUCGGAAGAGGAAGAUAUGGGGCUCCUGGAAGUUGGUGUGACAGACUUCAAACCUCCAGCCCCGGAGCUGGGCCCCAUGCCAGAGGGCUUGAGUCCUCAGCAGGUGGUCCGCAGACACAUCCUGGGCUCCAUUGUGCAGAGUGAAGGCAGCUAUGUGGAGUCACUGAAACGGAUACUCCAGGAUUACCGUAACCCACUCAUGGAGAUGGAGCCCAAGGCCCUGAGCGUCCGCAAGUGUCAGGUGGUGUUCUUCCGCGUGAAGGAGAUUCUCCACUGCCACUCCAUGUUCCAGAUCGCCCUGUCCUCCCGCGUGGCCGAAUGGGACUCCACUGAGAAGAUUGGGGACCUCUUUGUGGCCUCAUUCUCCAAGUCCAUGGUCUUAGAUGUGUACAGCGACUAUGUGAAUAACUUCACCAACGCCAUGGCCAUCAUCAAGAAGGCCUGUCUCACCAAGCCAGCAUUCCUCGAGUUCCUCAAGCGGCGACAGGUGUGCAGUGCAGACCGAGUCACCCUCUAUGGGCUGAUGGUGAAACCUGUUCAGAGAUUCCCACAGUUCAUCCUCCUGCUCCAGGACAUGCUGAAGAACACCCCCAGAGGCCACCCUGACAGACUGUCACUGCAGCUAGCCCUUACGGAGCUGGAGACACUGGCUGAGAAGCUGAAUGAACAGAAGCGGCUGGCCGACCAGGUGGCAGAGAUCCAACAGCUAACCAAAAGUGUCAGUGACCGUAGCAGCCUCAACAAGCUGUUGACAUCUGGCCAGCGGCAGCUGCUCCUGUGUGAGACUCUGACAGAGACGGUGUAUGGAGACCGUGGGCAGCUGAUCAAGUCCAAGGAGCGCAGGGUCUUCCUGCUCAAUGACAUGCUGGUCUGUGCCAACAUCAAUUUCAAGCCCUCCAACCACAGGGGCCAGCUGGAGAUCAGCAGCCUGGUGCCUCUGGGGCCCAAGUAUGUGGUAAAGUGGAACACGGCGCUGCCCCAGGUGCAGGUGGUGGAAGUGGGCCAGGACGGCGGUGCCUAUGACAAGGACAAUCUGCUCAUCCAGCAUGCUGGCGCCAAGAAGGCCACGGCCGCAGGGCAGGCGCAGAACAAGGUGUACCUGGGCCCGCCGCGCCUCUUCCAGGAGCUUCAGGACCUGCAGAAGGACUUGGCAGUGGUGGAGCAGAUCACCCUGCUUAUCAGUACCCUGCAUGGCACUUACCAGAAUCUGAACAUGACUGUGGCCCAAGACUGGUGCCUGGCCCUGCAGAGGCUGAUGCGAGUGAAAGAGGAGGAGAUCCACUCAGCCAACAAGUGCCGCCUGAGGCUACUACUGCCCGGGAAACCUGACAAGUCUGGCCGCCCCAUCAGCUUCAUGGUGGUCUUCAUCACACCGAACCCCCUGAGCAAGAUUUCCUGGGUCAACAGGUUACACCUGGCGAAGAUCGGACUCAGGGAGGAGAACCAGCCAGGAUGGCUGUGUCCCGAUGAGGACAGGAAAAGCAAAGCCCCGUUCUGGUGCCCCAUCCUGGCCUGCUGCGUCCCUGCCUUCUCCUCCCGGGCCCUCAGCCUGCAGCUUGGGGGUCUGGUCCACAGUCCUGUCAACUGUCCCCUGUUGGGCUUCUCAGCUGUCAGCACUUCCCUUCCACAGGGCUACCUCUGGGUUGGAGGUGGGCAGGAGGGUGCUGGUGGCCAGGUGGAGAUCUUCUCCCUGAACCGGCCUUCACCACGCACCGUCAAGUCCUUCCCACUGGCAGCCCCGGUGCUCUGCAUAGAGUACAUUCCAGAUCCAGAGGAGGAGGCUGAGGGUGCAGAGGAGAGCCGGGUGGCUGCCGAUGCCUCGACGGCAGUGCACCCCACCGUCUGCCUCGGGUUGCAGGAUGGCAGCAUCCUGCUCUAUGGCAGUGUGGACACUGGCACCCAGUGCCUAGCAACCUGCAAGAGCCCAGGCCCGCAGCCCGUGCUCUGCCUGCGGCACAGCCCCUUCUACCUGCUUGCUGGCCUACAGGACGGGACCCUCGCUGCCUAUCCUCGGACCAGUGGUGGGAUUCCCUGGGACCUGGAGAGCCCUCCCAUGUGCUUGACUGUGGGCCCAGGGCCCAUUCGCACGCUGCUGAGCCUGGAGGAUGCCGCAUGGGCCAGCUGUGGGCCACGGGUCACUGUAUUGGAUGCUGCCACUCUGCAGACUCAGGUGGGCCCAUGGCAGGCUGCCGGAAAGGACCAAUGAUGGAGGCUCUUACCUCUCCUGGCUCCACCCAUCUCGAGAGUUCAAGCAACUGCUGCAGGGAGAAAAAAUAAAGUUUAAAGCCACUGCCAGCAAGGGCAGCAUCUCCUCCACCUUCCAAUCCAUCUUCCCCUCGUCAUCUGCUUCUGUGUCUGUCCACAUCCAUGGAUUUUCCCUCCAUACUUGGGGAUGGCAGAACCAGGCACUGAGACACGAGGCGGAACUCUCAUCUAGGCCUGCCCACAGAGGGCACUGAGAACUGUCCUCCGAAGGACCGAGGACCUAGUGGAAAAGUCCCGGAGGACCUAACCUUCUAUAGAGUCAUUCAUUCAUUCACUCCUUUGGCAUUUCCUGAGCUCUUACCAUGCCAGGUACAAUGGUAGUUGGUGGGGCCACGGAGGUGACCCACAGGAAGGGCGUGGUCUCCAGUUUGAGGACAGACCCUGAGUGAGGCUGCUGCAAAGGAAGAAAAGGAACAGCAGGCUAUAUAAGGAGGUGACUCAUUGCCGGAGGGCAGGAAUCCAGCGGGUCUCCAGGUGGGGCAGAGGGGACACCGGAUUCCCAGAAGGCACUGGAUGGAAGGGCCUGGUUCCCACUCUCACACUGUGGAUUAGAUGGGAGACAUCUUCUCUGAGCCUCAGUUUCCCUUUUUGUAUCAGGAAGAGCCAUCACUGUCCACCUGUCACAGGGUGGAAGAAUUACAAGCAAUCCCUUUUCA